GGUUGGAGCAGCUCGGGCUUUCUGCAAUCCAACAUGGAGUAGCAGCGAGAGAGGAGAUGGGGCUCUAGCGGGGCCACCCCACGGCGACAACGACGCGCUUUCUCACGCACAACCGGAGCUGCAGUCGUAUCCGUGUCUUCUUAUUUUUUUUCGGAGGACAUUUUGACAAAAAAGACACCACCACCUGGGGGGAGGAGGAACGAGGGGGGGUUGGACUACACGUUUACCUGCUGGCUGCUUCACGGCCAUGGACCACUAGGUCCAAGUUGGAGGAUUGGGAAGAAGAAGGUGGUUGGAAGGAGGAAGAAGUGGGGGGGUUCUGCAUUUGCAAUCCAAAAGCAGCUGGGGGAGGAGGAGGGGGGCGACGGAGGUUCCGCCACACACACACACACACAGACACACACAUAACGCACAUUAACACAUUGCACAUACACAAGCACACAAAAAGACUUCCAGCAGAGGAUUUUUUCUUAUGUGGAAUUAAUGGACGAUGACGAGGCCAAAGAAUGAAUACGCCGUGCUGCUACGUGACCUGAGGUGAAGAGAGAAAAUGAUAGAAGAAACACACCCUAACGAUGACAGCUACAUCGUGCGUGUGAAAGCGGUGGUGAUGACGCGAGACGACUCGAGUGGAGGCUGGCUGGCCCAGGACGGGAGCGCUCUCAGCAGGGUGGGGGUGUGCCGACUCCGACCCGCCGAGCUGCCCCCGCUGCCGUCCUCUGGCAGCUCGCAGUUCCUCAUCAGAGGGGAGCGGCUGCGGGACAAACAGGUAAUCCUGGACUGCCCACUGAGGAAGGACUUGGUGUACACCAUAGCUACGCCCACCUUUCACCACUGGAAGGUAGAGGACCGUAGGUGUGGACUGUCCUUUCAGGGUCCGGCUGAUGCAAGGGCUUUCGACAGAGGGGUGCGGAAAGCCAUUGAGGACCUGGCAGAAGGUUCAACAACCUCCUCUACAGCACUCCAGAACGAAGGCGAGCUGGGUGAUGACGACGUUUUUACAAAUGCCACCGACAGCUCGUCCAACUCCUCUCAGAAGCUGGAGAGCUGCCUGCAGCCACUCGAGUCCUCGCCUCUUCCGCAGAGACACAGGUGCAUGCUGGGAUAUCGUCACAACCUCCACGACACGUAUCGGCUCUCAGACAACUACUUAUUGGACCAGCCUCUGUCUCGGCUUCCCCAUGUCACCUUCCAAGAGGAUGAGGAAAUCGUCCGCAUCAACCCACGUGAGCGCAUCUGGGAGCGAGCCAGCGAUCGUAUGCAUAUGCGGCCAUCAGAUCGCUCCUGGCUCACUGGCUACGAGGACUACCGCCACGCCACCGUGCGCGACAAGUUCAUCCAAGUGGAAGACUCAGAAUCCUAUGUGCAUUUUGCUAAAACAGAGGCACAGAAGCACGACUACACGUAUCCCCUGGCGCCGGCCCUGUCGCCCUCAGACUCUGACCCAGCCCUUGGACCCUUCCCGAGUAAGGGCCACGGCGGGUCGUACCGCCAAGGAUUCUCUGUGGUCUCCACCCAGCCUCGUUCCUUCCUGCCAAGCUCCUCUCCGUCCACUAACGGCGGGAAGGGACGCAAGGUGGAUGGGCUGGAGCGCGCUCACUGCGAGCACUGUGGCGCAGCCUUUUAUAUCUCAGAAAACAGGAGGGGCCGGUGCCAGGAUGCUCCAGACCCGGUGCGAGGGUGCAUCCAGCGAGUCAGCUGCAUGUGGCUGGCCGACACCAUGCUCUACCACUGCAUGUCCGACCCAGAAGGGGACUACUCGGAUCCUUGCACUUGCGAUGGGGGCGAGGGUGGAAGAUUGGGCACACGGUGGUUAGCACUGCUGGGCUUGUCCCUGGUGGCACCCUGCCUCUGCCUUUACCCGCCACUCCACGCCUGCCACCGCGCAGGGCUGGCUUGUGGCUGUUGCGGAGGCCGACACAAGGCCCUGAGCUGAGCCACCUAGUUCAGAAGCUCUUUGGAGGAACUGAAAAAAAAAUAACCCAACGCAAGCACAGGGAAGGACAGGGGGGGGGGCGAAGAUGGAGGGGCCGUGGCUCCCUCUGCCGCUUUUGUUUCUCUACAAAUUCCUGAAACUGAAAUAAGCCAAAAAAAAAUUUACAAACAGUUGGUGCAUUUUGUAAGCGGCCUGGGAAGAUAAGCUCCCCCUAAUGGCAGACAGUUCUCUCGUCUCUUCUCGCGGCCAUAUUAGUGCUCCGUUUUUGGCAAAAGAAAGAGCACGCACUCUUUUUCAGGGGGCCUUUUUUUGUUAGUUUUGUUUUAUAGCUGAACCUAUAUGUAUCACAUAUGCAGGUACUUUAUACUUUGUACACUGACUUGGUAUCAAAGAACUUGAAUAUUUUUCUCUUGGUUCUAUCUUUGUUCCUAUUCCAGUAUCCUGUCCCGCUUUGAAUGAAGACACUACACUUCUUUGUAUGCGUGGGUGAAUGGACGAACCAAGUAAAGUUCACGUAUGAGUCAAGCGCCAUUGACAUCUACCUAAUCAAACAUCCCAAAGAUUUUCAUUUUUAAAAACGCCUAUUUAUUUAGCAACAACAAAAAAAAGAUGCUGAUGUGUGGUUCACUCAAAAACGAGACGGUUCCGCCAUGCUCUUUUCAGAUUACUAUUCCAGACGGUGCCUCAAAUCAUCACCAAAAUCUGGAACCUUGCCAUUCUCUGAAUUCCUGUUAGGAUUUCAACACAUUCUUUUCGCCAGGACAUGUCAUCGUUAGCGUCGCUGCCAGUCUUGCCUUAACGAUCCAGAGCAUGUGACGCCCCAAACGUCACCUCCCUACUCCCCCCCGAAAUAAAGAUGUCCGUUAUAGACUGCAUAAUAAAAGCAUGGUUACCGCUAAAAGCAAUCAAUCGUGUAAACUUGGUCGGAAAUAUUUUUAUGCAUAAAAAAUAAGACUGACCUGCGACGUACAAUCGGCUUUUAUGUUCAAAGCCAAGUCUAGUGGAGAUUUAGGUCCGGAUGGCCCAACAGUCACCAGGUCGCGACAUAUAAAUAAAGUGUCAGCAUUGUUUUUCUUUGCGUUAAGUAUAGACACGAUUGCACGCACCACAGGCGUUCGAUUUCAGAAAAGUCAACAACAAAGUAUCUCACCUAAAUCCAAACAACCACGCUAGCUAAAGGAAGCUAGCUUCAUGUUGUUAUUCUUGGCCCUAAAACAAAUACUCCAGCAUAGUUCCUUUGACAUCAGAUUGUGGUUCAUAAUGUCAAAGUACAAAAACUGUUUAAUGGAACUGUGAAUGAUUCUAUAUACCUAUAUUUGUAUAUAUUAAAAAAAACAUUUAUAGCAUCCCUUUUGAAAAAGACAAAACAUUUUUUUUAACGGACAGCUGAAGUCCGGUAAACAAACCUCCCAACCUGAUUGUUGUGCCAAGGAAAUGUCACUUACUGUAGUCAAAAUCCAGAAUGCCUGAGGAUGUCCUUUUUCCUUCUCUGGUUGCAUCCGUCUCACACAUCCUGUCCUGUGUGCCACUUUGUGUACGUCUCUGGCGUGUGUGUGUAUGUGUGUGUGAGUGUGUUGACACCACAACCUUCUUCCCGUCUCCUGAUUCUGCAUCCACCGUGUCUGUGGGGAUGAAAUGAAGAUGGCGUUACAUCCAGUUGACUUCCGUCGACUUCAGUGGUGUCAUGUAUCAGCGAGAAAGACAAUCAGAGUGCAAAGUGUCUUUUUUUUUUGUUCCCUCCAUCCGCUGUUUGUGUGUCCAUUCAGAGCCAAUUUACAAGUGCCUGAACCUCUCUUUGUUGUGUAUUUAAAUUAAUACAAAAAAAAGACUCCCUGUAUUGAAUUAGACCCAUUUUUUACUACGCUUAGUAUUUUUACCUCUGUAAAAAUAAAAUAAGAGCAAAAAUUAUAUUAUAUAUAUCAAGUGUAUGUUGUACAUUUUUAUUUCUAUUUUUUUUAAUAACUGUUUCUAACAUGUACGAUGGAUGUAGCUCUUGCUUUUGAGAAGGAACAGGAAGUACUUUGUAGAUAGCAAGUGGUGGGAGGGGCGGGAGGUCUGUGAGAAAACUGAAGUGAAAUGCGUGUCUUUGCCUUCCGCCUCCAAUAAAAGAGAGAAAACUUUGAAAGCA